AUGUUAUAUUUUCGCUCUAUACUAUUUCUUGGAACUUUUUUACUUAUUUUAAUCUCAUUGACAAGGGCCGCUAAUUUGGAUAUCAGCUGUACGGAAGUUGGACAAUGUAAUGGAAUCGGCACAGCAUGUCGAGGAGAAAAAUGUCAAUGUGAUACCCCAUGGUACACUCCUUGUGGCACAGAAUGUUCACUUCGUCAUCAAUUUGUCUAUGAAGGAGAAGAAUGUCGAGAUACUGCUAAUUGCUUAAAUAAUACUGUAUGUACUGAACAACGAUGCAGAUGUAUGGCAGGUUUUACAUCUACUAAUGGAUUAUGCUAUAAAAAUUUAAAUGCAGCAUGUUCCUUAUCAUCUGAAUGUUGGUCUGGUGAAUGUCGUGAUACUGUUUGUAGAUGUCCGCUUGGUUUUGCACCAAAAGAAGAUAAUACUCGUUGCCAAAAAACCCUAGCUGAACUUUAUCCAAAUCAUGCUGCUGCUGCUGCAAAUAAUAAAAGUGAUUUUUGUUAUCCUGGUUCAGGUACGCCUGGCUGUCGUGAUCCAGUUGCAAUUUGUAAAAACGACUCAGUAAAUGCAGGAAAUUUUUGUCAAUGUCCACCAGAAUAUAUUGCUGAUUAUGAAAAACAAGAAUGUCGAUUAAACGUAUACAGUGGAGAAUUAUCACCUUCAACAGAACCAUUACCAAAUAAUCAAUGUGGUACCUGUAGUGAUGAAAAUGCAUUAUGUGUUUCUGUUAGUAAUCAAACAACAUGUUGGUGUCAAGCUGGUUUUGAGAAAAACAACGAAAACAAAUGUGAGAAACGCCGUCCCGGUUUUAUCUUUCCUAAUAGCGCGGAUAUAAGUUCUCAUUUUGGAUCAUCUGCUUGCUCAAUUAAUGCAUAUAACGAUACAAUUAUACAGAGUAAUUCAUUAUGUACCUGUAAACCUUAUUACGAAUUCGUUGAUAAAACAUCAUCUUGUCGACCUAUUACACCUAAAUGGCAAAAUGAUGCUUUUGAAUAUGGUGUAUGUACGCGUAUAAAUUCAAAAGGUGAACCUCUAAAAGUUGAUAGCUUAUGUCCUCCUCCAUUAACUUGUCAAGCACGACAAGAUAAAUUUGUAUGUGCAUGCAGUGGACGUUCUCAAUAUUUAGAUGAAAGUAACAAUACCUGUUAUCAUUUCGUCGAAAAAACGUUAACAAAUCCCGAUGGUAGUCGUUGUCCAUCAUCGUCGAUCUUGAAUAACACACAAUGUCAAUGCUCACCAAAUGAUCUUUAUCAACCAUCCAGUGACAAUAGACGAUGUGAACUUAACUUGGUUAGUAGUGAACCAGAUAAUUCAUGUGUAGCUAAUUCACCACACGAUACAACCUGUGUAAACGCCUAUGGUGAAAAUGCCAAGUUUUGUAAGCGAGGAGAAUGUCGAUGUACACCUGGUAACUCAUACUAUAACAAUGGCACAUGUGUGACACUACUUCAUGUAAAUAUUGGUAGUGCACGUUUUUGUCCAAACAAUGCUGGAUUGAAUAAUGGCCAAUGUAGAUGCAACGAUGGAUAUCGAGCUGCGGCUGGUAAUCGCACUUGUGAACCAAAAGUUAAUCAGUUGCUCGGUCCAACCAAUAGUCUAGCACAAAUUCCUCCAACAGACGUAGAAGACAAGGAUUGCAGUGCACUAUUUCCUAAUGCAAAUGCUCGAGCUCAUAACGGUGAUUGCGUUUGUGUUGAUAACACAUUUUUGUAUAAUUCUACAUGUGUUUUUUAUCUUGGAUAUCAAAUACCAGAAAUUGCUGGUAUAAGUGCUAUCUGUCCCAAUUAUGCGUUUCCGGACACAGGAAUUAGAGGAUGUGCAUGCACAAAUGGUUAUAAAAAUGAUGGAUCUAAUCGUACAUGUAUUCGAAUGACAGACACAGUUUUUGCAUAUAACGCAUCGGCAACUGAAUCAAUAACAGGACUUACAGACAGAGGCUGUCGAACGUUGUUUGGAUUUGCUGCAGACAUAGCACCGAGUAAAACCAAUUGUGAAUGCCUACCUUCACAUUUAGCGUUCUGGAAUAAUAAACAAUGCUAUUUUCUCGUUGAAACAGCUCAAGCCGCUACUACCAAUAACGAUACCUGUCCACCUAAUUCCAUACCAGACCCUAAAACUGGUCACAGUUGCAAUUGUCCUGCUGGAUAUCAACCAGAUGCACAAAAACAAACGUGUGUAACAAAAGCAGUGUAUUCUCAGAAUCUUGAAUCGAUUGACACAAAUGCUGGUGCAACAGUUUGUAAUGGAUCACAAGAUGCUGAUGCGGAUUGCGUAGGAUUACAUGGCACGGGUGCUGUUUGUCGUAAUAAUAGAUGUUACUGCGAUCGACGUCUAAGUUAUGUUCGUAAUAAUCAAUGUGAACUUUUUGCAAAAUAUGUAUUUCCUGGUGCACAUGAACGUUCUUCAAUGACAUGUAAUUCACAAGAAGAUUGUGGUGCUGACUCAGAUAGCAAAGGAAUUGAAUGUAAUUUUAUAGCUGGUUAUGAAACUGAUUAUAAAGUAUGCAAAUGUAAAUCUGGUUAUCUCUUAAAUCCAACUGAUGGAACCUGUGUUAAUCAACGAUGUCAACCACAAUGCCAAGCGAAUGCAGAAUGUCACGGAUAUCAAUGCAUUUGUAAACCUGGAUUUUAUACUCUUCCAUCAGGACAAUGUGUGGAACCUGGUGAAACACUACAACUUCAUAAAAAAUGUAAUACAACAAUUUGGAAUGUUACAAAACCAACCACUGAAGAACUGAUCUGUUCUCCAUAUUGCCAACGUGCUCAAUGUACUUCGGGUUAUCGUGAUGAUGGUUCACAAUGUGUUAAAAAUAAAUUUGAUGAUCGUUGUGCACAUAAUUCAGCUUUCUGUAGUCAAUUCAGUUCGAAUGCUUUCUGUUACAAAGAUGAGAAUAAAUGUACUUGUAACGCUGGUUUUUAUCAGUCUGACGGCGAAAUUAUUUGUGCCAGAGCAGUAAAUGGUCCUUGCAAUAAUGAUUAUGAUUGUGGUGAAUUUGGUGAAUGUUUGGGUAGACAAUGCAAAUGUAGACCAGAUCGAAAAGAAGAACAAGUUCAUGAUUAUCUUGGACGACCAAUUACACGUUGUAUCAAUGGUGUUGAUCAAAUUCGAUACAGUCCAAUUUUAUUCUUAUUCUUCGUAUUAAUGCGGAUCAUUUUUUCAUAA